AUGGCGGAAUCCGCCGAUCCAAGCCUGUCUAGUUUGUCUCAUCCAUCUACCGAGACCGACCCCCUAGAAGUGUCUCUCCGUCAAUUUCUACUUCCUGCAACUGAAGCUAUCGACAAUAUCAAUCCCACCACAGCCCCAAGCAGCGAGCCUGUUGAGAAUGACCAACAGCCGCCCCCAGUAGCCACCUCAGCCUCAGUUCACAGUCCUGCACCCCAAGCUGCCCAGGCAAAACAGGUUGUGGUUCAAAGGCCAGCAGACGUUGACCGCCUCGAUUACUUUGCCUUCAGUCACAAUGCCGAUGCCUACUGCCAUGGCGUGGAGGCCAAAUGGACACGAGGCACUAUUCUCACCGUUGCGACCAAGGUGAACGCUGCAUCAGGGAGCGAGAACGCGCAAAAGGUUCCCGGCCUCGAGCCAACACCCGAAGAGCUUCACCAGACUCCUGAUCACCUUGGCGUCCAUGGCUUCCUUUGGAUCGGCAUGACCCCAAGCGAUGAGACCAUAGAAUCGCUGACUGAAUCGCCUGCUGACGACGCCACGGCAGACGCAAACGAUGACAAAAGCAAAGAUACCAAGAAGAAAAAGCCCAAAUUGCAGGGCAAGAAGCAUCGACGUGAUCUGACUGUGGCCAGUUCGACCGAUGAAGAGAUACGUAUCCUUCCGAAAGAUGAGAGCGCCUUGCGAGUUGUGGUCAAUCUCAAGGGCAAGAACAUGUCCCUGCUGAAACUCAGCAACAGAGACAACACUUCGGGAACAUGCAUUUCGGGAAAUGUCAACCAGGAUAACGUUUUCUUUUUCCGUGCUUUCCGCAAAGAUGAUACCAAAGGAGUGGGCGAGCGCCGCGUCUUUUUAAAGGAAACAUUGAACAAACUCCGGGAAGCCAUGGAAAAAGAUGGCCGAGAUGGUGUGGUGAGGGCUCUGAAGGCAAUGGUACCUGUGAAGGCCCCUGCAGCAGCAACUAGUAGCAAGAGUGCUACCAAAAGAUCUCGUGCCCCCAAGUCCGACAAGGCCGAUCCGCCACAAACAGCUGCAGUCAAGUCCAGCAAAGGAAAUCAAGGCACCAAGCGAAAACAUGCAGAUACUGACGGCUCGACGGCGCAGUCGAAGACAAGCAGUGAAACUUCUGCAAAUUCAAAGAAGCAAAAGAAGUCGAAGGUUGCCACUCCAUCAUCCUCAACGGCCACAAAAGGCAAAGACACAGCCAAGUCCAAAGUGCCACCUCAAACUGAGCUGGAUGACAACGAUGGCGCCGGUCCUGGUAAUGAAGUGGACCAGCAAGUAGGUAGACUGGCCAAAGAGACUCAGACCACUAAUUUCCUAGCCGAGCAGCUUGGCAUUAUCAAUAACAGCUACCCCCUUUCUGCUCUUCCAGGCACACCGGACUCCAUACUAGGAGCCGGAAAUGGCCAGACUGCAGUCCCCAGUAAUAUCGCGAACGAUCAUACUCAUCAUGUCUCCUCAACCUCAACACUUCGUGCCGCCAACCCAUAUCUUUCAGCCGCAAUGGUCAGUCCGACGCCGAUGCGCCCAGUCGCGAAUUUACCACAGACACAGGACAUAGAUCAGCUCAAUGACGAGGCUGCGCUCAGAUCGCUGGAGCGAAAAGAGUUAGAAGAGAACAGGAUUCAGCGCGGCAAUGAGGCUCGAAAGGCUCGGCAGCAGCAGUCUUGGGGGCAACACCCUCAUUAUCCCCAGCCACGCCGUCAAUUGGCUAGCCAUCUUGGUGGGCCACCAGUCCAGCUCUUCCCGCAACCUGCCUUGAAACAGCAGCAUGCUCGGCAGCAGGACUACCAGCAGGCAAACCCAUUCUACGACCAGCCAACGCACCAGACGCUACAGCAACAGCAACAGCAUCAUAUGGGUCGAUUAAACCCCGAGUACAUGCAGAACAUUCGGGUUUCCUCUACAAAGAUACCCAGGAAGUAUGAUACAGGCUAUACAGCAGGGGAACUCUUUACCCCCAUGGGCCGCGAAAUUGUUUCACUGGUAUCCAAAAUGGACCGCCAUAGCAAAAGCAACGUCAAUGUCAUCAAAUACACCACCUCCAUGCUUGAUCAGCUUCUCAACCCUUCCAACUCGUCCAGUACGAUUCUCCAGCUUCGCCUGAGCCCGCCAGCUCCUGGCGUGGAUAUCAAUGCCGUUGUAGAGCCAAUGCUCUCUGACUUUUCUAGUCUCUUCCCUGAACUAGCCCAAGAUCUCAAUAGGGACACGUUCACAAUUCUCCUACACGCCCUGCGUUUCUCUGACAAGUCCAUCGAGUAUAAAAUGAUUCACCAGUUCAUCCACGGCUUCACCCGCGAGCUGACCCAUCAGCGCGCCAAAAACGGCGACCAGCACACCUUCCAACCGGAGAACCUAUCUCGAAUUGUCCAAGGUGCUAUCGACCUUGCCAGUGACUUUGUUUACCAUCGCAACCGCAACCAUCAGCGUGCAGCCCAAAAACAACAGCAAUGUCAAACAAUGCAACCUGCGACAGCUGAUGAUAUGGCCGACGAGGACAGGGUCGACUCACAGUUUGGCCAUGAAGAAUACGACGACACUGCAGUUGACGAGUUUGCCUAUGGCGCCACUGGCGCGGUGGACAAUUUCCAACCCUAUUCGCACUCUGCAUUUACCCCGAUGGAACAAGACGAGGCUUUGAAUGGUUGA